GACCCUCCCACAUCUGUAAUUUCUUCCUUCAUCGCCAUUUAAACUACCAAACCCAUUCCAAAACCUGCAACGCUAAUUCGUUUAUAAUCUCUUCGUGUUCUAUCUCAUGGAGGUUCAAAUCAGAGCACGAAAUGUUGAUGUAGCGAUUGGUGUCACCAAAAUAUUCACAGUACUCUCACCAACUCUCCUUCUCUCGCAAUCGUAUAUGUUCAAAUUCAAAUCAAAUGGAGUUAGAAGGCUUCAUAUUGGAGAAAUUAGAAGAAGAAGACUGUUCAUAAAACUUGAUCAUAAUAUGCACUGAAACUUAGCAAAACAAGAUGGCAAGUUUCCUCUAUGAAUUUGUGAAGCCAUAUGUGGCGAAAUUGAUUGAUGGGGCAAUAGCAGAAGCACGUCAUGUAUUUUGCUUCACAUGCAUUGUUAAGGAAUUUGAAGAAGAAAGGGCCAGGUUGGAACCAGAAAGGAUAACUAUGGCGCAACGUGUCAAAGUGGCAAAAGAAAGAGGUAAAGAUAUUCAAGCUAAAGUUGGUUCUUGGGAAGAGGAAAUUGAUAAGCUCAAUCAAGUGGACACAAAAACAAAACAACCAUAUUUUUUUGGAUUUUGUCCUGAUUGCAUAUGGCGAUAUAAAAAGGGAAAGGAGUUGGUAAAUACAGUGAAGAGGAUCAAAGAACUAAAAGAAAAGGGAGAGAAAUUUGAAAAUAUUGAACUUCCUCGCUGUCUUCCAGAUGCUGAACGCUAUUCAUCAAAAGAUUACAUUUCUUUUGAAAGCAGAAAGUCAAAAUACGAAGAACUGUUGGAUGCACUAAAAGAUGAUAACAACUAUAUAACCGGAUUGCAAGGGAUGGGGGGCACUGGAAAGACUACAUUGGUCAAAGAAGUGGGUAAAGAGCUAAAGCAAUCUGAACAAUUUGCUUAUGUUGUUGAUACAACCGUGUCAUUUACACCUGAUAUAAAAAAAAUUCAAGAUGAUCUUGCUGGAUCUUUAGGAUUGAAAUGGGAGGAUUGUAAUGAAUCAGACCGACCCAAAAAACUAUGGAGCAGAUUAACAAACGGUGACAAAAUUCUUCUGAUACUGGAUGAUGUGUGGGAUCGAGGCCCACGUCUUGAUUUUGAGGCAAUAGGGAUUCCAAAGCGAGACAAUCACAAAGGUUGUAGAGUUCUUGUAACCUCGCGUAGUAAAAUAACUUUCGACAUAAUGGAUUGUCAUAAGACAAUUGAAUUGGGUCUUUUAUCUACAGAAGAUGCAUGGGUCAUGUUUGAAUGGUAUGCCGGGAUAUGUAAUAGCUCCUCAGAAAUAUUGAUCAAUAAGGCACGUGAAAUUGCAAAGGAAUGCAAACAAUUACCUGUUGCAAUUUCAGUUAUCGCCAGCAGCUUAAAGGGCCAACAAAAUCGAGAGCAUGAGUGGGAUGUGACAUUGAAAUCCUUGAAGCAGCCUGUAUCCAUGCAUGGUGUUGAUGAUGAUAUGGUUGGAAUUUAUAACUGUUUGAAGAUUAGCUAUGAUAAUCUGAAGGAUGAAAAAGCCAAGGGGUUGUUCCUCUUAUGUUCGGUUUUCCGAGAAGAUGAAGAAAAUUCUAUUGAAGUUCUAACUAGACUUUGCACAGGAGUGGGUCUUUUGGGGGAAGAUUAUGGUAGCUACGAUGAUGCUCGAAACCAAGUAGUUGUAGCCAAAAACAAGCUCGUAGAUUCUUGUUUGUUGUUGGAGGUCAAUAACAAUCGUCUAAAAAUGCAUGAUUUGGUUCGUGAUGCAGCUCAAUGGAUAGCGAACAAAGAGAUUCAAUGUAUAAAAUUGUUUGAUAAAAAGCAAAAGUCAUUGGUUGAAAAUCAGACAAAUAUCAAAUAUUUAUUAUGUGAAGGGAAGUGCAUGGAUUUUUUUAACUUGAAAUUUGAUAGUUCCAAACUUGAGAUUUUAAUUGUCUCGGUGGAUGGAGAUGAAGACCGCGCACGUCUAGAAGUUCCAAAGUCUUUCUUUGAGAAUUUGAUCAAGCUUCGUGUUUUGUAUUUUUCAGGCAAUUACAACCAAUUGUCUUUAUCAUUACCAGAUUCAAUUCGGUCAAUGACAAAUAUUCGAUCUAUGUCGGUUGAAAGUGUGGCUUUAGGUGACAUCUCCAUUUUGGGAAACCUAGAAAGUCUUGAGACUCUUGAUUUGAAAUAUUGCAAAAUAAAAGAACUGCCAAACCAAAUUACAAAACUGGGGAAGUUUAAAUCGUUGAAGUUAAAAUGUUGCGAAAUUAGAAUGAAUAAUCCAUUUGAAGUUAUUGAAAGAUGCUCAUCACUUGAAGAGUUGUAUUUCAAAAAUAGUUUCAAUGAUUUUUGUCAGGAAAUAACCUUACCUGAGUUGCAAAGAUAUCAUAUCAAUAGUGGUGUGAAUUCCUUAUAUUCUUCUUCAAUGGAGAGAAUCAAAUUCCCAAAAUAUGUGUUGUUUGACUGUGAUGAUGAUGAUGUAGCGUGUCAAUUUUCAAAAGGAACACUCAAGUACUGCAUGCAAACAGCAGAUGCUCUUUCGCUACAUGGAAUUGAGUGGGGAUGGAGAAAUCUGAUGCCUGAGAUUGUUCCUUUAGAACUAGGUAUGAAUGAUCUUGUUGAACUUCAUUUGUAUUGGAUUUCACAACUACAGUGCCUUGUUGACACCAUUGGUUCUCAAGUGCCAAAUGUUUUGUCCAAGUUGGUUGUACUACAACUGCAUGGAAUGGAAAAUUUGGAAGAACUAUUCAAUGGACCCCUUUCCUUUGAAUCUUUGAACAAUUUAGAAAAGCUAUCAAUCAAGGAUUGUAUACAUUUACGAAGCUUGUUUAAAGGUAAGCUAAACCUCUGCAAUCUAAAGACCAUCACACUUGAGAAUUGCCCUAUGUUAGCUUCCCUAUUUGAAGCGUCUACUUCUCGAAGCCUUGUGCUACUAGAAGAAUUGGAAAUAUCUGACUGUGAGGGACUGAAAACCAUAAUAGCAGAUGAAAGAAGAGAGGAUGAAGAGAUAGAUGACAGUGGUAAUAAUAACAAGAGUCAUGGUUCAAUGUUUUCAAAACUAAAAGUUAUUCGUAUUGAGAGAUGUCACCUAUUAGAAUCUAUGCUAUCUUUCCUCUCUGCUCAAGGCCUUCCAGUAAUAAAAGCUAUCAGAAUAAGAGAAUGUGAUGGAUUGAAAUAUGUGUUUGGCCAAUCUCAACAUGUUGAACUGGUUUCACUGAGUAAAUUGGAGCUCUAUGAAUUACCAAACUUCAUUGGUAUUUUUGAAGAAUGUAAUCAUCGCAUGUCGUCAUGUGUGAAGGGAUCACAUUCCACUUCCAAUUAUGGUUCCAAAGCAGAAAUACAAUUGGAUCCUAUCAAAUGCAAUGCCUUCUCUUGGUGGAUUCGUUUAUGUUGUCAAACCACAAUCCCAUUGGUUGAUGAUGUUGAUAGGGAUCAACCGCAUGACUGCUCAGUGGCAUCUGAAUCAAAUUCACACCGUCUUAACAUAUGGGAACGUGUUCAAUGUCUUCCAAUACAAUCAAAGAUCCUCUGCAAUAUUAAAGAUAUUGUACUGACUCAUUUUCCGAAGAUGAAAUCAGUAUUUAUCCUAUCUAUUGAUCUAAUAAUGCAGUUGGAAACUUUGGCAAUUAUGAACUGUGAUGAACUGAAGCACGUAAUAAUAGACACUGGAGAGCAUAACACUGGUGGCAACAUCUGUGUCAAUGUCUUCCCAAAAUUGAACAAGCUCUUUGUUGAAGAUUGCGCACAAUUGGAAUACAUAUUUGGACAUGACACUAUUAUUAAUCAUCAAAACUACAUGGAGAUUCAACUUCAUUUUCCGGAAUUGAGAGAUCUCCAUCUUGUCGGUCUACCAAGUUUGAUCGCCACGUGUCCCAAACAAUAUCGAAUAACCUUUCCUUCUUUGAAAAGUCUUGAACUCGGGAAAUGUUCCCAGGAUAAUACAAUCAUUAAGGAACUGAGUGGGAACGUGGAUUAUUUUCUCACUUUGCAAGGCAUUAUAUUAUCCAGAUGCAAUGUAGAAAAUAUAUUUUCCCUCGAUGAAAUAGAUGGACAACAACUGGACUUAGGUUUGCGAUACAUUAUGUUGUAUGAUCUGCCUAUGAUGACUUGUCUUUUUGUGAUUCCCAAAAAUUCAUUUGCCCUCAAAAACCUUACACACAUAAGAAUUUUGCGAUGUGACAAAUUGAAAAUUGCAUUCUCCACUGCCAUUUUGAGAUUGCUACUAGAGUUGGUUAAUUUAAGUAUAGAAGAAUGCAAAGAGUUGGAACAUAUUAUUGAAGAUGAUGAUGGUUUGGAGAAUAAAAAUAAUUCAAAGUCCUUGUCUUCAACAACAUGCUUCCCAAAGCUACAAGAACUUGCUGUUAUAAAGUGCAACAAGUUGAAAUCUGUCUUCUCCACUUCCAUGUUAAGAUUUCUACCAGAGUUGGUUUAUUUAAGAAUAGAAGAAUGCAAAGAGUUGGAACAUAUUAUUGAAGAUGAUGAUGGUUUGGAGAAUAAACAAAAUUCAAAUUCCUUGUCUUCAACAACAUGCUUCCCAAAGCUACAAGGACUUGCUGUUAUAAAUUGCAACAAGUUGACAUAUGUCCUUCCAUUCUCGGUAUGUAAAGAGCUUCCGAAGCUAGAUGUUCUGUUGAUAACAAAAGCAAAUGAGUUAGAGGAAAUAUUCAAAAGUGAAGAUGAUCAGAAAGUUGAUAUUCCAAAUCUAAAUGUUGUAGCAUUUGAUAUGCUGCCAAGCCUCUGUUGUGCUCAAGGAAAUCAAUUUCAGGCUGUGAAAAAUUGCUUCGUGCGGAAUUGUCAAAAACUCACUCUGACUUCAGCAGAAGCAACCGACAUCUUAGGAGAAUUUAAAGGUUCAGAAUAUGGCACAGGUUAUGAUUUGUAUGUGAAUGUGAGCGAUCUAUUUGAACAACUACAAAGUUCAGAAACCACUGAAGAUUUUGAUACCGGGUCGAAUUUAGCAAGUAUUGAAAUUGUUGAAAAUGCUGGGAUUGAACAACUGCCAAGUGCAAAAAUCACUGAAGAUUUUGAACUACCAGUUCUCGAAAAUGUUCCGGAUUUAACAAUACUACCAACAAAUUCAAAAGAGUUGCUGAAUGAACGAUCAAUGGAACAACAACAUUCACUUGAAGAAAUUGAUACUAUAGUCCAACCUUCUCAAUUGGAGGGAUCAACAUCAGAAAAAACACCAGUUGCAACUAUACAAGUCGUUCCAUCUAAGCAAAAGGGUAUUGAGAUAGAAGGGACUUCUAAGACUAAUAAUGGUCAUGGGGAUCCUUCUCAAAAAGUAGAAGAUUUAGCAAUACUACCAACAAAUUCCGAAAUACAAAUGAAACAAACCCUAGAGGCUGAGCACGUAUUUAUUCCAAACGAUCCAGAUUUAGCAAUACUGCCAACAAGUUCAGAAAUACAAAUGAAACAAACACCAGAGACAGCACAUGAAUAUGUUGAAAAUGUUCUGGAUUUAGAACAAUCACUUGGAGAAACUGAUACUAUAGUCAAACCUUCACAAGUACAUAAUUUGGAGGAAUCAACAUCAGAAAAAACAGCACUUGCAGCUGUGUCUACCAUUUCGGGAACAAAGAAUGAGCCACCUUUACAAGUAGUUACUUCUAAACAAAAGGGUGUUGCAAUAGAAGAAACUACUAAGAAUAAGAAUGAUCAAGUUUCUCCAAAUGGCGAUGCUUUCAUGAAAGUAAACUCAAAUGUUGAGGAACGGUUUUCUAAGGAUGAUGAAAUAAUAGUUUCCAAAUCUAAACCCUCUCCUAGCAUCCCAUCUCCUAUUGCAUCUCAGAUCCCAUCAAUGCCUUCUAAAGGUGACCCUUCUAAAAAAGUAGAAGAUUUAAGUUCUUCGCUUGUCAAGAGGGAGCUUGAGCAACUGGUCUCCAAGAAUCAUUUGGAUUAUGAGAACUUGUCUUUGUUAUCUGAUUUUCUUGUUGAGAAUCCUUCUGUUCGUUUAAAGGAUACUUCACUUAGUAAUAAAUACAAGGGAUGUGCCUACAACUCACUAGCUGAGCUAUUGAAAUUCCUCAAAACCCAUACUUUGCUAGAAGUAUCAGGCUCAAGCCACUCUGAAUUUGUGGAGCUAUUACAAGAUGCACUCAGCUUUGCUUUUGAUAAGGAUUGGUUGGAUGGUGUCGAGAGGCGUGCUUUAUUUCCUGAAAUACAAGUAUCUCCAGAUGCUUUGGAAAAAUUGUUGGAUUUCAAGAAACGGGUUACCAAGGAUGUUGAAGACUUGCGUUUGAAGAUAGAUUUUUUAAGUCAAGUUGCGGAAGAUCUUAAGCAUCAAUUGACAUCCUCUGAAGCUGUUUUGGAGAGUAUCAUUCAACAAGAGGCAGUUUUAAUUGCCCCUAUUGGUUAUUAGACUAUAUUUUCAUUGCUAAUUUGCUAUACUUUUAAUUGUGUGUGCUAUUCUCCGUCAAUAUUGUUUAUUCCGUGAGUGUAAGGUUUCGUCAUUUCUCAUAUGAAAUGAACUUAAUAACCAUCUUAUUUUGUUUGUGUUGGGUGGAUUCACUCCUCAUGUGGAAUCCACACAAUUUAUAUUAAAAAAAAAAAAGGAGAAAAAAAAAAAAGAGAAAAAAAGAAGGAAAAAAAAAGGAGAAAAAGAGAAAACAAAAAACAAAAAAUAGGUGUAUUGUGUUUUAAUAGGCCAUUUGUGUGGAAUAUGUGUUUUUAGUUGGUUUCUACCUUUGGUGAGUAUUGUUUUUACUAGGAAGACUAUUGUGUACUUAUUAUUAUUCAUAGUGGAAGAUUUAUCUGACUUG